CGCCCACGGCGCACGAAGAAUUACUCGCUGGAGAGAAAUAGUCCGUUAAGUCCGUGGUCCAAAGUCUCUCCAGUCAGUAUAGGGUUUGGAGGAGCAAUGGCGUGGAGCGCUGCGAGGUCCGUGGGAGCGCCUGCCAUCGACCUGCGAUCGCUGCGCGCUCGGGCUCCGGUCGCAGUGGGUCUCUGCUGCGUCUCCCUCGCCGGCUCCCGCCUCUGGACGUCCCGCUCCAAGCCCUUCGCCUGCAUCAACGCCGCCAUCUCCACCAACCCUACCUCCGUCGCCAACGCCGAUAAAAAGGAGGUUGUGCAAACAGAAAAGGCGCCUGCAGCAUUGGGGCCAUAUUCUCAGGCUAUCAAAGCCAAUAACCUUGUUUUUGUCUCUGGUGUUUUAGGUCUUGUUCCUGAGACAGGAAAAUUUGUCUCUGAUACCAUUGAGGAACAGACAGAGCAGGUUUUAAAGAAUAUGGGCGAAAUAUUAAAAGCGAGUGGUGCCAGCUACUCUUCAGUUGUUAAGACAACGAUCAUGUUAGCAGACCUGAAGGAUUUUAAAACAGUCAAUGAGAUAUACGCUAAAUAUUUCUCAUCUCCUGCCCCAGCGCGUUCCACUUACCAAGUAGCAGCGUUACCCAUGAAUGCUAGGAUUGAGAUCGAGUGCAUUGCCGCUCUGUAGUGCUCCUUUCCGUGUCAAACUUGCGUAGCACCAAAGCUUCCGUGAAUAAUGUUGGGUUGGGAUAUUUUGUCCUUGUAUUGGAAUCCAAAUUCCUGUAAACCUUUAGUUUGCUAUUUUCCUUUCAGCAAUUAUUGGACCAAGGGAGUUACUGAGGGAUGUCUUGUGGAAGAAAGUACAUUUCUGCUAUGAGAUAUUGUUGAAAGAAAAACAAGGGAAGCUAGUUAGGUCCGGAUGAAACACCCUCUUUCGGUCAGUGGUCAGGACACUAUUGCGAAGUUGUUUUUGAUAGAAUAUGUCAGGGAAUAAAUUUUGUCUAUCAUCUCAAUAGAACUGAUUUUAUUAGAUAGAAUGCGCUGAGGAACAAGUAUCUUCAGGCUUUGAAAAAAAA